CCCUCAUGUCCCGGUAGUCUCUCGCCUCACUCAAAUGAGAUUGACGAGUCUCGCAACGGGAGCCCCACGACUAUUCCCCGCGGAAGCCCCACAACGGUUAGUCCAAGCACGGGGCUACAUUCCGAUGGAAAUGGGAGUAAGAAAGACCCUGUUGACUGGGAACCUUUGUGAACCGGGCCUCUCGCUAGUCUAGUGGCAGGCUACUAGUAGAUAGUAGAGCAGAGAAUAGCGGAAUUGUUUGAAUCCAAAUUCUCAACAAAACCAAGCAUCUGGCUGGCGUCAACAGACAACAAGCCAACAAGGACUAUUGUGUGCGUGGUUCUAAUCUAGCCCGACCUCUUCCAUCUUGGACCUACGACGUAGUUGUUCCCCCGUGCUUCCCCCCCGGCUACCAGAUAUCCAUUGUUGACUGUUGCGGGGCUUCGCCAGCCAGCCGCCGGUACUAACUUGUGGCCAUGGUGGUACGGUACCGGCUGGAUAUUAUUGAAACGGCCACAAGCUCCCCAACCAACAGCCAGCCAACGCCCAAUGGGCGGCGAAAGAAAGUACUAGACUAAUAGCUAGUCUAAUCUAAAAGAUCAUUCGAUUUUAGCAAAAGAGUGACUGGAUUCAAGAUGAGGAGUAAAUGUCACUCUCUACAUCAUGUACAUGUAGCGCAGCUAGUCUACCGGUAGCGAGGGAGCCAUCUAAGCCGCAAGCAUCUGGCCAUUGGCGGAGUUCAUAAUAUGAAACAGUCAAGCAAACAACUCGGAACAGAUAAAACUUGGCUGUGGUACGCCACCUCAACCAGCCCGCAGAUCUCCACGAGGCCGGCCUCAGCUCGUCUCCCUACCGUUCUAGUGGCUAGCCAGGUUGUUGGAGUCUAUGCCAAGACAUGGUCCAGGAAGGAAUUACCCGCCUUGAACCUGACGGUACAAGACCCGAUGCUACACGUUGCAUCAAUCAUGAGAGCCAACAGCAUCGUCAACAGACUUCAAUCCCCUCUGUGGGAGCACACUCAGAUUUAACUGCGUACCGUACUUAGAAUGCAAUUGUCUAAUUGAAUUGAGUUAAUUAGGUUCUUCAUCCAUGCAAAGCCUUUAAAAUCUUGGAAUAUUGGCGCAACCCAUGGGCUCGCGAGAGCGUGACACUUGGGUUUUUCUCAUUGACAUCCACAGGCAGCAGCAUUUUUCGGCCAAGAACCAACAAUAGAAACACAAAACAAUUAGCCUUCUAGCUAGCUAGACAAUGACUGCAAUCUCUAAACAAUACCUAUUGGGAGUCCUCCUGUUUUUUGGCUGGUUGAUUCAGCUGGAGGCAUUACGACCGUCUCGUGGAAUUCGUGGUAUUUCUUCAUCUCCGGUUCCUGAGGUGCAGCAACGAAAGCUUCAAGUAGUCGAAGAAAGAAAGGAGGACAAGGAAAAGGACAAAAACAAAGAAGAGGAGGCUGAAGACGAGAAAGAUAAAGAGGAAAUUGAAGAUGAAGAGCAAAUUGAUGCUGACCUUGACGAGGAAGCUGAGGCAGAGGAGGAACCCGAGCCUGAAGAGGAGACUACCCAAGAAGAAUCCGACCCUGAGCCCGAACCAGAACCAGUCACAGACGAUGAGCCAAAUCCAGCUACUGAUGAUGAGUUAGAGCCAGCUACUGAUGAUGAGCCAGAGCCAGCUACCGACGACGAGCCAGAGCCAGCCACGGACGACGAGCCAGAGCCAGCCACAGACGACGAAACUACCAACAAUAACGACGAAGAAGACACCCAAGAAGAAGAGGUAGAGGAAGAUCCCAUCACGGAUGAUGAACCUGAAGAAACAUUAUCUCCUGAUGAAACUGCCACAACUUCUCCGACCGAAAUCUCCACUGUCGUUCCGACCUUUAUUGACGUGGUGGCUGAAAACGAAACAACUACCAAUAACACACUGGACGAGCUGGAGGAAUUGGAAGCUGAAGUAGUUUCCUUUUCUGUGGAACUCUCCUCCUUUUCGAUCUCCAUCGAUCAUGACGAAUUGAUUCAAAAGGAUCCUGGAAUUCAGGUGCACCUCCACGCAGAGAUGCGACGAUCUCUUCCUAAUAUUGUAGCCAUUGAAAUGACGUUCUCAUCGUCUACUGUUCCGAGCCGCAACAGAAGACGUCUGAUUCCGCAGUUACUCGAGUACACUGAAGCGACGGCUUUCUUUGAAGGUCCACCUCGCCACGAAGAUGAAGAUGUCUUGCAACUCCAGGCGCAAAUUCUCUCCGACCAAGAUGCCAUCGCUGCGGUCAUUGCGGCAAACCUUGAAACGACUACCUCCACCUUUACUGUGUCAGCUAUUGAAGUGGAAGCAAUACCCGCAGAAGAUGCAGGCACCGCCAACGGCAUCAGCGGAGGAGACAGUAGUAGCAACAAUGAAGACGGCGGUCUUUCAACCACUGGACUCGCCCUUGUCCUUGUCGCGGCCUGUGUUGGAGGACUCGUGUUCACUGGAGUGUGCCUUCUUGCAGUUAAGAAUCCAGACCCAAGAACGCAGCAAGUUGGCACUGCUUCGCAAUAUAGCAUGCCCCCAAAGGACGAGGUUGUUGAAAAGGGAGAAGUUCUCAACCGGACAUUUGACACAGAAGAUACGUCCCCCAACCAUAAGGCUUCUGACAGCGAAAGCGAUCAGGUUCACGAAAAGUUUGCUCAGAGCAUGGAGGAACAUGAAUUUGAGGGAGCCUGGAAGGGUACCGGUACGGCUCCGGUGAGAGCGCAGGCCUCAGUGAUGCGAGGGACGUUGAUUGAGAAGCCAUCAUUUGAUCAGAGCUUUGAAGAUGAAGCGACAGACGACGAUGAUCUAAAACGUGAAUUGGGUGAGCAGUUGAGUGAUCUGCAAGCUUCUGUGAAAGCCGCGCGAGAGAAGACCCAAAAACUAUUGGAUGAAGCAAAAACUCAAAAGUACUAGGAGCACAAUCAAACACCAGGAUCUGGCCUUUGUUCCCUUGCUGUCUGCCUCCAAUGCGAGAAACUAUGUUUGUGGCGACUUGUUCCGCUGUUCUGUUCUGCCGUGAUUGAUUGAAUCCUUCAUUGGCUCGCUCAUAUGCAUGUAUGUGUACUAUACUGUAGCUCUUUAGCUAGAUCUUCUUCGUCAAGACUGCGUAGAAGCUAGUCAUUUGGUUGCAAGAUUGUUUGGAUUUGACUAGGUCGUCCAACCCCUCUGGCUGUUCAGACCCGAAGAUAGGCAGCCAUGGUGGGAAGAACUAGGAUACCACACGACGAAUCGAACCUUCCUCCAUCGAGGCUUCCUUCCGAUUUCACUGAGAGUCUUUCUCCAUCCAAUCUCAAAUCCUAGAUAGCUAUCGAGCUACUAGCUAGGUAGCAUUUGUAUUACAGUGACUGUAGAGCCAGCGAGGACUUCAUCCUGCGUGCUAAUUGCCACUUGCAUCUUGGGAUCUUGGGCAAAAAAGCAUCUACUGGCUGGCCACCGUAGACUUUCCAUCAGUCAUGCUUGAAUUGAGAUUUGAGAUGCAAGGACCUGUUGCUGUAUUAUGCCAUUAUGCCAGUUCCGACAAAAGUACCUUUAUUUCUCUUGGUCCCGUUCUCUCUGCCGUGUUACCUCCGCACGCCACCCUUGGGGUUCCAACAUCAAAAAAGACAUCCGUUCUGCGCCAACACACAGCAGCCAAGGGAGUCUCUUGUCAGUACCGCACAGCCACCGUGGCCAGCACAGAGAGAGACAGACAGAGAGCAACGUUGCACUCUUUUGCUUGAGGUUCAACCUUGCUAUUGCAGACGAAGGCUUGCUUCGGACUUUGAACGGCUGUGUAGAACAGCAGGUGGUAGCCUCUUGCUUGUGGGUCAUUAGUCUUCUACCGGUGGCUGCAACGGUGCAA